ACAAACGCACACGGAAGGCGCAGACUUAUAUCUCUUUACGUGCGUUAAAGAGCUGGCGUCGAAAUCAGGUAACUGGACUAGACAAAACUGGAGUCUAUAAUCAGUGAAUCAAAACAGUGUGAUCUCUUUUGUGUCAAAGUCCUUGCACACUAUGGCGCUGUGGGCACAAAUGACCCCGCAGCUACAGUACCUGUCAACCCAGACGCUGAAUGAACUCUACCCAGAAACAUUCCCUCUGGACGUCAGGCACUAUCUGGCCAGCUGGAUAGAAGAACAGAGAUGGGAGAACUUUGAUGUGGACAACAUGGAGCAGGAGCCUCAGGCCCUCAGGCUGUUGGAGCAGAUGGUGCAUUUGCUGCAGGAGGUGGCCCAGCUAAACCCUAACUUGGUGGACAGGGUCAAACUACAACAUAUCAGCCGGAACUUGAGUGUGUUCCAACCACAACCCAUGCAACUUGUGAGGACAGUUCGAGAUAUUCUAAGGAAAGAAAGACACUUAUUAGCACAGGCGGGUAUGCACUCUAACUUCCCACCCUUCCAGCAAAUUCCCCAGGGUCCUCCAGAUACCAGUGGCACCCCGCAACCAGCAAGAGAAGAUGGGAAGACUGAUGUGGACAAUCUCGUGCUCAAAGUUUUGGAAAUUCAGAACUGCCGCCAAACACUUCAUCAGCUUCAAGAGGAUUUAAACUGGGAAAAGCAGGAAAUGGAAUCGAUUCAAGGUCAAAAUGAGUUGGACCCACAGCAUUCGGAUCAAGUCGCUAGACAGACUCGCAUACAGCAGCUUGAGUUCACUUAUUCAAUCUGUGCAAAGAAGCGUGUCCAGCUCCUUCAAGACGCUCUGCGUGCUCUGGAGCAGUGCCAGGCCUGUCUUCUUCUCAGAAUUAAGUCCUGGAGGUGGGAACAGCACAGAGCAACCAUUGGUGUGCACUUUGAUGACAACCUUGGCUCUCUUCAGACAUGGUGUGAGCAGUUGCUCGGAGUAAAUGGUAACCUGAGGCAGGAGCUCAUGUUGGUGAAAAGAGACCACGGAGAGGUAGAGACUUUUAACACGUUGGUGGAAAGCCUGGCACAUCUGCUCAAAACUCUCAUACAGAGUUCAUUAGUAGUAGAUAAGCAGCCUCCUCAGGUCAUCAAAACCCAGUCAAAGUUUUCUACCACUAUUCGCUAUCUGCUGGGAGAGAAAAUGGCCCCUGGAAAACCUGUCCUGUUGAAGGCUCAGAUUAUUACUGAGGCUCAAGCGAAAAACCUGGGUCAGCAAGAGAUCGUUCCCAAUGAAAAUGUAGGAGAACUUAUCAACAGCACAGCCAUAUUAGAGCACAACACUUCGAGCAAGAGCACAUGUGCUACCUUUAGAAACAUGUCCAUAAGGAGGAUCAAACGAGCUGACAGGAAGGGCUCUGAGUCAGUGACGGAGGAAAAGUUUGCUUUGUUGUUUACCACAGAAAUAACCAUCACGGGCUGCGAGAGCCCUUAUGGCAUUCAGACAAUCUCUCUUCCUGUGGUUGUAAUUGUACAUGGUAGUCAGGAAAUCAAUGCUAUGGCGACCAUAAUAUGGGACUGUGCCUUUUCUGAAUCUAAUAGGAUACCGUUCGUUGUUCCUGAGCGUGUGUCCUGGAAGCAGAUGUGUGAAGCUCUUAGCAGUAAGUUCAUGUCUGAAGUUCAGACACAGCGGUGCUUGGACAGAUACAACCUUCACUUUCUCGCCCAGAAGAUCUUUGACCAACCAGACAUCUCUGAAGAUUUAAGCAAUAUGCCAGUGUCAUGGGCUCAGUUCAACAAGGAAGUUCUGCCUGGUCGAAACUUCACCUUCUGGCAGUGGUUUGAAGGGGUGAUGGAUCUUACAAAGAAAUGCCUGAGAGACUAUUGGAGUGAAGGACUGAUCUUUGGCUUCAUCGGAAAACAGCAUCUCCAUGUCAUCCUGCAAAACAAACCCAACGGCACCUUUCUUUUGCGCUUUAGUGACUCUGAGAUUGGGGGCAUCACCAUCGCCUAUGUGGGCCCCAGUGAUAACGGAGGCAGGAAAAUCCAGAAUAUCCAACCCUUCACCAAGAAGGAUCUGGACUCAGCGGGCCUUGGCGAUCGCAUACGGGACAUUAACUGCAUCACUCACGUGUAUCCAGACUUAUCAAAGAAUGACGUAUUUAAGAAAUUCUUCACAGUGCCUUCUCCUCCUAAUCCUGAUGGAUAUCUGCCAUUCAAACUAACAACAGUAGUCAACCCAGGAGACCAGUGUUCCUCCACCUCCAGCAUACCACCUGACACUCCUAUCGAUAUGUACGGGCAAUCUAUGAGCAGUGUCUAUGGGUCUAGCAUGAAUCAGAACAUUUUCUCCCCACUUCCUCAAUCUACAACCCCUUUUAUGCCAGAGCAAAUACCUGUUCAAGGACCACUCUACCAAUCACCCAUGCCACAAGCUCCUUCGAGUGAAGAAAUAGACAUGGAAGCACUGGAGGGAAUUUUGUCAUCAUUUUGUCAAAAUACUAACAAAGAUCUUCAUUAGAGGUACAGACCUCUUUGUUCUUGUUGGACAAAUGCUAUUGGAUGGCUUGGUGCUCUAAAGACAUCCAGCACAACUCGCUCAUCCUAAAGGACACAUUAUCCAUUUGUUCCCCAAAAAAGUGUAUCAGUAGGAAUGCACUUUUCUUAAAUUCAUUUCCAUGAAUCAUUGAGCGGUGAGCGUUUUUCUAUCACAUGGAUUGUUUUUUCCUGCAUAAACACACUAACCGUGCAGUUUAAAGGGACAGUGUGUUUCAUUUCUAUGAGAAGCAGGUGAACCUCUGACAAAAAGAGUCUUGUUAGCAUGCAGUACAUAAACUCACAAGUCGUUCCCUGUUUCGGUCUUAUGACUGCUCCUGAAAGUAGCAUUAUAACUGACAAGUGAAACAGGAAAUUAUUUGCUAUCAGGUGGUUUUAUCAAGAGAGACCAAAUAGGUUUAACAUAAUACACAUUUUUGUCUGCAAGAUUUUUUUCCUUGAAAUUUGAUGAAGAAAAACAUAUUCCAGGGACCAAAGUAGAUGAGCGAAUUUUUACUCCAAUGUCCUGAAUGAAAUGAGAUGCAGACAAUGAUUUGGUGAGCAUACUUUUAGACCUUUUACAAAUGAUAGGUUUUUAUUAAAAGUUUUUGUGCCAUAUUCCUUAUAGUCAGUUUUUUUUUUAUUUGGUUGUUUGAUUUGCAUGACUUGUGUGUGAUCGCAUAUUCAAUAUUCAGUAUUUGUCUACAGUCUACAGUCAGGUUUGGCCAGUAAAGAUAAAAUUAGGGUUUUUUAAAUUACAUGUGACUAGGGAGUUUUGCUUUACUCAUGCAUCAGUAGUUCCUCAGUCAAUUAGCUCAGUUUUAUCGCUGCAGGCCUGCAAAGCUCUCUUUACACCAUUGAUGGGUAUAAAUAUAAAUCAUGUGCACAAAAUAACAGUAAGGUUUUAUGUCAUAUCCAGACAUAAUGCUCUCUGUGCGUACUCUACAGUGUUCUGUGUGCACAUUUUCUGUAUUUAGUGAUACAAGUCAUCAACAUUCUUAAAAUGCAAAUAUAAUACAGUUUCUCCUCCAUAAACUGUGAUUUUUGCCGUCCAACGAUACUGUUCUAUACCUUAUAAAAAUAUAAAGCUUUCAUUUUAGUACUUUGAAUAUGAAAAUAUAUCAAAUGGGAUGUUUUUCAAAGGUGUCAGUGUAACUGUCUGUAUGUAUUUAGUCCAGAAGGGAAGUACCAAACAGUUUUGUUUCUGUUGUCUAUUCGGAGGUUGUUUCUGUUGCACUAACUGAUGAACGUGCUAGAUAUGCACCUGCCUGAUCGAUACCCAAAAAUCUCAUCAUAUUGCUGUUACCGGCCACAGAGGAGUAUAAAGCAACUUAUGCAUUUGUCUAUGAAAAAUUUUUCUUUUUUCAUGCAUGUGACCAAAUUUGUAAAGCAGAUAUGUCCGAUUUUUGUAAAAGAAAUGUUCGUAUUCCAAUGUUCUGAAUCUGAUAAAUAAAGUCAAAAUCCAUUUAA